AUGCGUCUGAGCUAUCCUUACAUUCUCUUGGUGCUUGCUGCGGUGUCCCACGUAAACUUUCAAGCCACAGCUUCCGACUCAGUCAAGCUUGCGCCACGCCUGAACCAGCCAGACGUCACUGCGUUGGAGCACGGCAACGAGCACAAGGCUCUGCGAGACUACAGCAUCGACGCCGACGAUGAAGAAAGAGCCAUCAUCGACUUCAUGAAAGUGUUCGACGUGAGAAAGUGGUUCCGCACCGCCGUUGUCCAGAAUGUCGAGAAAGACUUUAAGAUGGAGACUGUUGCAAACAUGCUCGCAACAAGCAACGAUCGAAAAAGGAUGUUCAAAGUGUGGGACAAGUUCUACAGCUUGCCGGAAGUCACGAAGCAACUUGCCGACUUUAGAAAACACAAGCGCGUCGCUGACCUGCUUGCGGAUUAUACCAAACACAGACAGGCGCUAAACCUAAAGGCAAAGGCAAAGUAA